AGUCUUUUUUUGGAAUUUGCUCCUUUGCGCUUUCCUGUUAUUGUGCGAGAUGAAAGACAUCAGAUAAAACUUGAUUUUAUUUUAAACUAAAAAUCCUUGUGGGCGGUCACAGGGGUGGUCUGAUACAAAAGCUUCCUCCAUUUAACUUGGGUAGAUGAUUCACUUUUUGAUCCCCCACUAUACAAAUACAGACCAAAAAAAAUAAAAUAAUAAUAACUAAAGCUAGGGUCAGUUUGUGAGGCGAGCUGAAAAUGAGAGUUCCUGUACAAAUCAUCAGCUUUUCCUGCUUUCUGUUUUCUGUUACCUUUGUGCACGGUCAAGAAUUUCUUAGAGAGGACAUUACAUACGAAUACACACAACCAGUUUUAAAUGUUUCAUACGCUGAUGGUGAAUCAGUGAGCGUGAACUGCAUGACAGGUUAUACUGGCUUUUGUAAGUUAAAGUGUAAAAAUGGACAAUGGCUUACGUUCAUUGCACAGAGAUGCUCAAAGAAAAAAUGUGGUCACCAAAAUGGUGAUUUUAAACUUUUAGAGGGAAAAGAUUAUACUUCUGGAGUAACAGUGGAGUAUUCUUGCGAGAAGGGGUACAAAAUGAUAAGCAGAAUCAAUCGGCAUCACUGUAGAAUUAAAGGGUGGGAUAAUUCUGUCCCUGUCUUUGAGGAGGUGGGAUGCCCUGUGAUUCACACAGAUGGAGAAGUGACUGCAAAGGAAGGAACUUAGGGCGAUGUUAUUCAUUUUGAGUGUGUAUCUUCUGACAAAAAGCUAGACGGAAAUAGUGACAUUCAUUGUACGGAGAACGGCGUUUGCAGCGGGCCCGUUCCAAAAUGCAUAGUUACUUGUAAGCUUGAGGUGACGGAACCUGAAGUAAUAAGAACCAUCCCAAUGGGAAAAACUGAUUUCAAAGCUGGAGAAAUGGUGGUGAUUAUCUGUUCUGCCAAAAACCAGCUCUUUAAUAAACAGGAAACAUUUACUUGCACAGACAAUGGGAAGUGGGAUUACAAGCCUACUUGUAAGGAGAGCAGAUGUGAAGCUCCAAUCAACCAGCACGUGUAUCUCCCAAAAUAUUACUUUAGUGGAGAUCUGAAACUGGGAGAAAAGAGAUCGUACAGUUGCGAGUCUGGAUAUCGUAAAUUAGCUGAAGUGGUCACAUGUACACGAGACGGAUGGGCACCAAAACCACUGUGUGCUGAAAUGAUGUGUAAUCCGCCAAAAAUUCCAAAUGCAGAGAUUGUGGGACAACAGAGAGCAAUCUACAGAAUCAAUUCAAAAAUACAAUAUAAAUGUCGUCCUGGAUUUGAACCAGAGGAGCCUGUAGAAAUCACUUGUGAUCCCCAGGGCCAGUGGACGGGCAUACAGCAAUGCUCUGAUGGUACCUGUCAGGAGCAAGAACUCAAAAAUAUAAAAAUUAUAUUUGGGUAUCCGAGCAUCGCUUUACCUUAUACACCUGGACAUAUCUUGGUUUUUCGAUGCACUGAUGACAACAUGAGGUUUUACGGCCAACGUGCAAUUGAAUGCCUGCCAGAUGGGAGGUGGAAUUACCCAUAUCCACAAUGUGGAGGAAAGGUUCAGUGCUCCCAACCAACAAAGAACUUGCAAUUUGUGACACUGGCAGAUGAGAAAACUGAAUACAGCAACUUUGAGAUACUGCAAUACACAUGCAAGAAACCUUACGAUCAAAUUCCAAGAGGAGUUUUGAUGUGCCAAAAUGGAAAAUGGAACGGAACGUUUGAUUGCAAAAGUACGAUCUGUCCACCUCCUCCAUAUCUUCAACAUGGAGACUACAGCAUCAACAGUGCAAAAGAUGAAGUGAUCACAGCAGUAUCUUACGCUUGCCAGUCUUACUAUGUGCUUACCAAGCAACAGGAUGUUUAUAAGUGUGUGGAUGGGAAAUGGGAGACCCCUCCAAAAUGCCUGAGACCUUGUGAAAUUGAUGACAUUGUUGAGAAGUACAAUCUGCAGCUUCCUAAAGAAAAGGUCUACAUAAGGCAUGCUGAAAAGUAUAGACUGAACUGUAGAGAUGGGUGGAAUACUGGAAGUGAUUUUAAACCUUAUGUGGAUGUGUCGUGUUCCAACGGGAAUCUGCAGAUUGACAAAAGUUGUAACUAACUAUUUACUGGAGUGGUGACUGAGGUACCCCAUUAAGUAAAAGUUACAAAUUUAUUUUUAUACAAAAGAAGACAUCCCUAAAAGGAGGUAAUAAGAGAUUUUAUUAGGUUUAACUCACUUCUGGUAUAAAUUUGCCCCGUAAUAUAUUUAAGUAUCUACUGUCAGUUAUUAAGUUCAGACAAGCUGUUCUCAGAAGACUCAUGUAAAUCUGUAAUAUUAUUGCAGUUUUUAAUGUGUUUGGUAGGCCAUUUUUUUGUACAAUGUGAUCAUGACAAACUAUCAAUAUCACACGAAAUUUCUCACAGGAACCACUUGGUGGUAGAGUUGCUUCACGCUUUUUGGCAAAGCACUAAGACAAUGUAAUCAUAACAUUAUGACUUUUUGUAAGGCUGCUAUGUGAAAAACUCUAUACAAAUAAAUUUGCUUGAAUUAGCCAUA